AUGGGAGCAGCGGCGGUCAGCACCACGGAGAGCGCCAAGCUCCUGCUCCGCGUGCUCUUCGGUGUGUUGCCGCUGUCCGUGGUGCUGGCGCAUGAAGGGGAGAACCUGUCCGGUCUGUCCAAUAACCCGGACAAAGCCAUCUUCGCCGUGCGCGAGAACAGCACCACGUGCCUCAUGGUGGAGUUCGCUGUCAAGUUCCUCGUGCCAUAUGAUGUGCUCGCGCUCAACGGAAUAGACCUGAUCACGGAGCAGGCGUCGUUCACGCUUCCCCGGAGCGCGGAGAUCGAGGGGAAAUGCGGCAGCACGGACUCUGAGAUCCACAUCAGCUGGAAGAACAAAGCGUACACUCUGCGCAUUUAUUUCAGCAAGGAGUUCCGUGACAAAGGCAUCGAGGUGUGGAAGAUCAGCAAAGUGCAGUUCGUUUACGACACGUCAGAAACAUCGCACUUCAUUAACGCCUAUAACCCGGGGAAGCACACGGCCAGCAGUCACCGUCUCUCCGCGCUCGUGACGCCCGCAGGCCGCUCGUACGUGUGCACGGCGCAGCAGACGCUCACGCUCAUCUCCAGUGACCACCAGAAGGGCGUCACCGUGUCCAUGUACGACGUCCAGAUCCAGCCCUUCGACAUCGCCUCGGACUUUGUCUUCAGCGAGCCGUACAAGUGCAUCACAGACCAGAGGGAGCGUCUGGAGGAGACCUUGCCCAUCGUCCUGGGGGUGAUCCUGGGUUUGAUCAUCGUCAUCACUCUGGUCAUCUACCAUUUCCAUCUGAAACUGAGCACGCCGACGCCACAGCUGCCCCGGGACCGCUCCCUCUACAAGAACAUGUGA